GUUCAAUUGAGCAAAAGAGUAAUCCAAUGCCGGUGUAAAAAUUCGAAUUGAUGAUUUAUAGGAGUGCGCAAGACAUUGGCUUUGCGAGUUCGGCGAGAGACUGGGAGAGGAGCGGGUUGUGACACGUAUGGGAACGUGAGCUACGUGACUGACGCGCUGGCUUGUGACAGUAUGUAACGCCUACUUCGUUCUGAACCAAAUCUAUGGCAUCGUCCGCCACCAAAAUAUCUCCAAUCGAUGAGCUGCGACAACUCCUUACCUCGACCCUCCGUAUCACCGUUAAUGACGGGCGCAUUUUUCUCGGAUCUUUCAUCGGAACGGACCAACCAAUGAAUAUCCUUCUCGCAGAUACAGAGGAAUAUCGCAUAGAGAGCCUAGAGGCGGGGCAGAACGACCGCGAACCAAGCCCUGGACGCUUUGUAGGCCAAGUUUUGAUUCCGUGGAAGAUUAUACGGAAGAUCGAGGUGCAGGAGACUGCUCAGCCUCAGCCAAGGACGAGAGCGCAACCAAACUAUGAUGAAUAUGUUAUUUAGCAGGAAUCAGCGCUCAUUUCUCGGAUCAAUAUAUCUUCCAUAACUCUCUUUCGCGCGAGGGCUACCUUCCGUCAUUUACAGACUGGGAUGAACAUGAAUGAGUGUAUUGAUCGCCA